CCGCUUCUCUUUUCUCCAGGUUGAGCAGACCCCCCCCCUCGCAGCUGGCAGGCGAGCGAAGCGGCGACGCCAACCGGGCUCCGGCAGCAGCGUUCAAUCGCCUCCUUCUCGGCGGCUCGCAGGGGAGGAUCCGGCCGCCCGCCCGCCCGCCCGCGCCCGGGGCAGCCCCGCUGACAACGCCUUGAAGGCAGAUCCUCCGAAUAGUCGGAGGAAAAGGCACGCCUUCAGUUCAGCCCGCCAAAGGGCUGGAGCCGAAAGUGAGUUGAUUGAACUUGGGGAACAGUUUGGAAAACCGGGGCUGGAAGGAAGGCUUGAAGAGGGGCAGCGGGCUUUUAAAGAUCUCUCAGAAGUUUGCAGAAGAACUUGACUGGGCUACUAUUGGAGCUGCACAAUUGCCUCCUCCUACAAGCCAGAGGGAAGAUGGCACCCACCUUGCAUCAGGCAUACCGGCGACGCUGGUGGAUGGCUUGUACUGCGGUGGUGGAAAAUCUCUUUUUCUCUGCUGUUUUGCUGGGCUGGGGCUCCUUACUCAUUAUGCUCAAACUUGAAGGCUUCUACUCCCAUAUGUGCACAGAUAAGAAUAACACCGAUGUUUCGACUGUGGUUAAUGUGACCCAUCCCUUCAGCUGUGUGGAGCAGGAAGAAAUGCUGACCCUGGGUUUCACCAUUGGCUCCUUUCUCUUGAGUGCGGCUACUUUGCCUCUUGGCAUCCUGAUGGACCGACUUGGACCCAGGCCUCUUCGCCUAGUUGGCAGUGCCAGCUUUGCUCUCUCCUGUGCUCUCAUGGCUCUGGCUGCCUACAACCCGUUAGUUCUUUCUCCAUUGAUUUUUCUUGGCCUUUCCUUAAAUGGUUUUGGUGGAAUCUGCCUGACCUUCACCUCCUUAACUCUGCCCAACAUGUUUGGAAACUUGCGUUCUACUUUCAUGGCACUCUUGAUUGGCUCUUAUGCUUCUUCUGCUGUUACUUUUCCUGGAGUUAAGCUCAUCUAUGAUGCAGGAGUUUCCUUCAUCAUUAUCAUGCUUGUCUGGUCAGGCCUGGCUUGCCUCAUCUUCCUCAACUGCAUGAUCAACUGGCCUAAGGAGUCCUUCCCAGCUCCAGAAGAGGCCAAUUAUACGAAGAAGAUCAAACUGAGCAGCCUAGCUCUAGAUCACAAGGUGACCGGUGACCGAUUCUACAUGCAUGUGACAGCUGUAGGGCAGCGGCUAAGCCAGAGGGAGCCGCAGCUGAAGGGGGGCAAAGAGGCACUCUACCCAUCAGUGCAGGACCUCUGCCAAGGACCCACCAAAUCUGCCCAGCGCUCCAUCCCCUUCUGCCACAGUGUCUGUUCUCCCAUCUUUCUGUGGAGCCUCAUCAUAAUGGGAAUCACCCAGUUGCGAAUCAUCUUCUAUAUGGCAGCCAUGAACAAGAUGCUGGAGUUCCAGGUGACGGGUGGCGUGGACCCGGUGCCAAAAGAAUUGGAGGAUAAAGCCGAGAAAACAGUCAGUUUCUACUCCUCCAUCUUUGGUGUCAUGCAAUUGUUAUGUCUUCUCACUUGUCCCUUCAUUGGCUAUGUGAUGGACUGGCGCAUAAAGGAUUGUGUGGAUGCACCAGGAAAUAUAAACCGUGCUGGAUCUAUCAAUCCUGAGGUGAAAGGAAUUCCACCUAAAGUCCGCUACCUUAAGAUCCAGAAACUCACCAAUGCUAUCCGAGCUUUUGUCACCACCAACCUUCUGUUGGUUGGAUUUGGUGUCACCUGUUUGAUCAACAACCUUCCUCUGCAGUAUGUGACCUUCAUUCUUCACACCAUGGUGCGUGGCUUUUUCCAUUCUGCCUGUGGAGGUCUCUAUGCUGCUGUGUAUCCUUCCAAUCACUUUGGUACAUUGACCGGACUCCAGUCUUUGAUCAGUGCCGUAUUUGCUCUCCUCCAACAGCCACUUUUCAUGACUAUGGUGGGGCCAUUACACGGGGAUCCCUUCUGGGUGAAUCUUGCCCUCCUUAUCUUCUCAUUUAUGGGCUUCCUGCUCCCCUGCUACCUCUUCUACUACCGCUACAAACUUAUCCGGAAGCAAAUGGCCAAAGAUGCUGCUCAUAUGAAAUUCCAGGACAAUGCAGCUGCCAAUGGCUUGCUGAACAACGAAGCCACCUCUUUAUAAACUAGGCAUGGGGAAAGUGGGGAGUUGUGGAUGAUGGAGAACGGAAUGCGGAAUCGGUGUGCCUAACAGAUGGAGCAAGGCGCCGUGAGCAAAGGGAUGAUACAAUACUGUGAGAACAUUACAUUUGGGAACUAUGAAAAUAACGGAGGUGCUUUUAAUUCUCAACAAAUGCCUAUCUAUAUUUAUAUCUAUAUUUUUUAUAUAUAGAAACAAAACUCUAUUUUUUUGCAGGGUAUUUUAAAAAGCUCAGUGAUUUUUAAAUAGACAAUUAGGAACAUCAGUCACUAAGCAUUGCAGACCAAGAAGCAUUUAUGAAAAGAUCUUGGAUGAAGAAUUGGCAGGAUGGAGUACUGUGUCUAACCUAGAGCACCUUAAAUAGCCCACGCCUGUCAUAAUUUUCCAGGGCUGUUUGGCCCUGGUGGGGAGGAAAUGGACUCUCACUACUUCCCGCCUCCCUGCCUGAUAAUUAUGACAGAGAAAAUCAGGAAGUGUCUGCAGCACCCCCCCCCCCAAGAAGUAAAUUCAAAGGGAUUAUUGUUUGCCAACAGUCCCAGGGAGUCCCUUGUGACUCUGUCCCCCUGGGUUUUGGCAACUAAUGUUGGGGUGUCAAAGAAUUUGAUGCCGUGUUAGAUCAUUGCUUGGUAAUGAAUGCUGCAGGUUGUGCCUUAGCCCCCAAUCUUGUUUUGAGCUUUAUAAGACAAGCCACCUCCCCAUGAAUUGUCCCCCAGAGAUGAAUUUAAUGGCCUUUUGAGUGCUGUGAAUUUUUCCAGAUAUUGUUCUUUGAUCUGUCUUGAUUGCAAGUGUGACAAGGUUUGUAUACUACAGAAAUGUAGGGAGUCAUUGAUUUAACAAGAGUUGUGUCAGAAGAAUAGAAGUGCCAAUUUUUCAUGACUGACUUUCUGCCUGGGCCCUUCCAAAAUAAAUUUUAAAAUCCUAGCAACUGGAUUUGCACUGGUAGAUCCCAGCCAAACUUUUUAUUUAUUUAUAUGGAAAUUCUGUUGCUGCCUUUUUAUUAAGAGCAGGCUGUGGUUUUUCUUAAACAAAAUAAAGCCAUACAGUAAUUCCAAUGAUAAAAUUAAAUAAAUUUCUGUGCAACAUUAAACC